AUGGCGGAAGAGCAAGCAGAGGUGUCGAAUAAUGCGUCGGCGGCGCUGGGUCACUCGGUGAUACCGAUUGCGAACAAGCUACAGGAUAUCUUCGCUCAGCUCGGGAGCCAGUCCACGAUCGAGUUGCCGCAGGUGGCCGUAGUUGGCAGCCAGAGCAGUGGGAAAUCUAGUGUUCUGGAGGCGCUCGUAGGGCGCGAUUUCUUGCCUCGGGGAAAUGAUAUCUGCACGCGCCGCCCUCUCGUGCUGCAACUCGUGCAGAGGAAGAAGAAGGCUGACGGAACUGACGAGGAGUGGGGGGAGUUCUUGCACUUACCGGGGAAGAGGUUCUUUGAUUUCAAUGAAAUCAGGAAAGAGAUUCAGGCUGAAACAGAGAGAGAAGCAGGUGGAAACAAAGGCGUUACAGACAAGCAGAUUCGUCUGAAGAUUUUUUCACCAAAUGUUCUUGAUAUUACUCUUGUGGACAUGCCGGGGUUAACUAAAGUUCCUGAGGGUGAUCAGCCAUCAGACAUAGAAGCACCAAAUUCUGAUUUAGCCAACUCAGAUGCUCUCCAGAUGGCUGGAAUGGCUGAUCCUGAUGGUUAUCGAACAAUUGGUGUAAUUACUAAGCUGGAUAUUAUGGACAGAGGAACCGAUGCCCGCAACUUUUUGCUUGGAAAAGUGAUUCCUCUUCGACUUGGAUACGUAGGUGUUGUGAAUCGUAGUCAGGAGGAUAUACUGUUGAAUCGGAGCAUCAAGGAUGCACUUAUAGCUGAGGAGAAGUUCUUUCGUAGUCGUCCAGUUUAUAGUGAUCUUGCUGAUCGUUGUGGGGUUCCUCAGUUGGCCAAAAAAUUAAACCAGAUACUGGUACAACACAUCAAAACGAUUCUUCCAGGGUUGAAGUCACGCAUCAGUGCGGCAUUAGUUUCUGUUGCAAAGGAGCACGCUAGCUAUGGAGAGAUCACUGAGUCAAAGGCCGGUCAAGGAGCGCUGCUACUGAAUAUUCUUUCCAAGUAUUCUGAAGCAUUCUCUUCAAUGGUAGAAGGAAAAAACGAAGAACUGUCAACGUCCGAGCUGUCCGGUGGAGCAAGAAUUCAUUACAUUUUCCAAAAUAUAUUUGUGAAGAGCUUGGAGGAGGUAGACCCGUGCGAGGACCUAACAGAUGAUGAUAUCCGCACUGCCAUUCAAAAUGCAACUGGACCCAAAUCUGCAUUGUUUGUGCCGGAAGUUCCAUUUGAAGUUCUAAUUAGAAGACAAAUAGCUCGGUUGUUGGAUCCUAGUCUUCAAUGUGCUAGGUUCAUUUAUGACGAGCUAAUAAAGAUGAGCCAUCAAUGUAUGGUCAAUGAUAUGCAACGGUUUCCGGUCCUAAGAAAGCGCAUGGAUGAGGUUAUAGGUAAUUUCUUACGAGAAGGUCUUGAGCCUUCAGAGACAAUGAUAGGACACAUUAUUGAGAUGGAGAUGGAUUACAUAAACACUUCUCAUCCAAAUUUUAUUGGUGGGAGUAAAGCUGUAGAAAUGGCACUACAACAGAUCAAGUCCACCAGGCUUGCUGCAGUGAUUCCCAGGCAGAAAGAUACAGGAGAUUCAGACAAAGCACCAAAUUCUGAGAGAAGUCUAAAAUCUCGUGCUAUUCUUGCCAGGCCUGUGAAUGGAAUAGUUCCAGAGCAGGCUUUGCAUGACAAACAGGGUGUUCGACCUGCUGCAGAUGUCGAGAAAACUGCACUGCCUGUAAACAGCACUAGUUCGCCCUGGGGAAUAUCAUCAAUUUUUGGCAGCUAUGAUAAUCGCUCAUCUGUUAAAGAGAAUUCGACUAGCAAGCCAUUUAGUGAACCUGUUCAGAGCGUGGAGCAUAGCAUUUCGGUCAUUCACCUGAGAGAGCCCCCUGCUGUCUUGAGGCCUUCAGAAACUCAUUCAGACGAUGCUAUUGAGAUUGCUAUUACGAAGCGGAAUAAUGCCAGUAUAAUACUGUAA